CUGAAGAAAGUAAUCAGGAAAAGUAAAGUGAGAGUUCCCAAAGACAGCACUGAGAAACCAGCAGAAGAAGGAGAAGGAGUGAACACGACAUUACAGGCCUACUUCUUUGGGAGGAAAGGAAAAAAUAAGUUGCAAUAUAAAGAGUUCCGUCGAUUCAUGGAGGACCUGCAGGCUGAGGUGCAGGAAAUGGAGUUUCUGCGAUUUUCCAAAGGUAUGGACACUAUGCGAAGAGAAGACUUUGCAGAGUGGCUACUGCAUUAUACCAACGAAGAAGACAAUGAGGUGUACUGGGAAAACAUGAGGAAGAGGAUUCCAGCUGGACAGAGUAUCUCUUUUGAUGAGUUCAAAGUUUUCUGUCUUUUCACUAACAAUCUGGAGGAUUUUGCCUUCUCGAUGAAAAUGGUUUCUGAAGCCAAUCGACCUGUGGGAAUGGCACAGUUUAAGCGAGCUGUGAGGAUCGCCACAGGCCAUGAUCUGUCCGAGAACGUCUUGGACACUGUGUUUAAACUCUUUGAUCUUGAUGGAGACAACUGCCUGAGCCAUAGGGAAUUUAUUGCUGUGAUGAAAGACAGAGUACUGCGUGGGCUAAAGGUGAGUUUUAGAUAACGUAAAAGUUUUACUUGUUAGUGUUUCAGACAGAGCUAAGACUCAGUGUUCUGUCCUUAACUCAGUCUGCCCCAGAUUUUGGUUGGGACUGAUAAACGUAUCACUUUGAUACUUCCACCUCCACACAUUAACAGCUAUUGCUUUGAACUCUACUGAAAUGCAUUUAUUCUGAUUGACCAAAGACAAUCACCUUAAUAAAUUCCACACUGUGAUCCAAAUAUAGAAAAUAUUAAAGAGAAGUUUGUGUCCCUUUAGUGAGGCAUGCGCCCUACUUUGGAGACUGCUGCUACAAUGCAGGUACA